AUGGCCAACGCCGUCUCUCACUUCUUCUCGAGCCUCAUGCCCAGCUACAGGACGGCCUCAACACCGGCUCCGACGCAUCUCAGCUCAGAAACCCGCACUGUUGGCUCCGCCUCACCAGCACCAACGGCUACGACUCCUGCCCGUGCUGAAGCUACCGCGGCAUCCGCGCCCACCGGUUCGAGCGCGGCCAGUAGUAGCAGCACAUCAGGCCCUGAUGCCACCAGUCCCGAGGAGCUGCGAAACCUGAGGGCCCAGUUCUUGGACAAGCAGUUCGGCCAGCAGGGGAAGAGGAAGGGGGCGAAAGGCAAAGGCCUCGGGGUCCCGAAAAGUGACCCCACGCUCAAGUUCCAGUCGUAG